UGCAGAGGUGUCAACACUCAAGACGGACUGUCAACAAACAUUCAGGUUCGAGACGCCGGAGUUCAACCAAUACCUGAUUAUUUACUGACUACUAUUGGCCUUGACUAAACACUACUUCUCUUAGCUGCUGAUUGACAGACCAUCAAGGUCGCUACAAUUUCUGAAUUCGGAAUUCGGCUCUCGUGUCUCCUGCCCGUCUUCGAGCUUCGGGGAUAGCACCAAGCUUAAGCCUGUACCCAGCCCAGACUUGCGCCGCCUUGCCGGGCUUGGCAGUAUGUAGGCAGUUGGCGCUGUGACGCACAGAGGCAGUAAACCUUUACUGAAGUCUGUUUCUAAACGACUACUUGAGAGAGGUGAUCUACACAGGAUUGAGGACGAGGUGAGGUGUUGUACGGAUUCGAUGCAAUGUCUAAAUCUUCCAGUCACCAACAUGUUGCCUAUACAAGACUCGAGGAAGAUCAUGAUGGAGCCGUACAGAUCAAAGAUAAUGGAAACCCAAACAGGGGAAACUUUAGCAGUGCAAUAGAGGCUGCAGGAUUUGGGAGGUUCCAUGUCAUUUUGCUUGUGGUGUGUGGUUGGGCAAACAUGAGCGAUGCCGUCGAGAUUCUCAGCGUGUCCUAUCUCCUCCCCAACGCCUCCAGAGAUAUGCAUGUCAGCAGCCCUCAGAAAGGACUUCUUACUUCCAUCAUCUUUGUCGGUAUGCUUGUAGGAGGGUACUUCUGGGGGUCUCUGGCAGACAUCCAGGGAAGACGUCAGAUACUCAUCUACUCCUUAGCCUGCAACGCUCUCUUUGGUCUCUUAUCUAGUGUCUCGUAUAACUUCUGGCUGUUUCUUCUAAUGAGGUUCCUCAGUGGAGUAGGUGUCGGUGGCUCCAUACCCGUCAUCUUCUGCUACUUCAGUGAGUUCCAACCGUCCAGACACCGUGGUGCCAUGAUCAGCGCUUUGGCAACGUUCUGGAUGGCCGGUAACAUCGUGACUGCUGCCCUCGCUUGGGCCGUCAUACCCAGGGAUUCCUUUGUGGCCAGCAUGGAGACGUGGAGGGUUUUCGUCGCUCUGUGCUGCAUCCCUGCUGCGUCUUCGGUCGUCGCCUUCCUGAUGAUGCCCGAGAGUCCAAAAUAUUUACUGGAGAGAGGAGAAGAGACAAAAGCCUUAAAUGUUAUGAAGAAGAUGUACAUGCAGAAUAAAGGACUGUCAAAAGCAGAUAGUUAUCCAAUUCGAUAUUUAAUAGCAUCAAGCAAGGAAGAGAAGCAGAUGAUGAGAAAUGAUGUCAAGCGAGAGGGCUAUUGCAAUCAGACGUCUUCGCUCUUCCAAGCUACCUCUGAUCUGUUCCAGGGUCCACUAGCAAGAACGCUAAUGUCAAUGCUCACCAUUAUCUUCAGCCUCUCAUUUGGGUACUACGGCCUAUGGAUGUGGUUCCCAGAGUUGUUUAAGAGGGUGGAGAUGGGUGGCUCGGCCUGCAGUGAGCUCAAAGAUUCCGUUGCGGCGCCCUCUACAGACACAGAAGACAACAUUUACAAAGAUGGCUUCUUUACGGCCCUCUCCAACCUUCCUGGGAAUCUAGUGUCUAUCUUUCUAAUGGAUCGGCUGGGCAGAAAGUUCCUCUUAACUUCGAGCCUCAUCAUCUCGGGCAUCAGCGUGUUCUUCAUAUGGUUCUUGGAGACCAGGAUGCAAGUUCUUGUCGUGUCUAUUAUAUUUGGCGCCAUCUCUGUUGUGUCAUGGAACAGCCUCAGCGUGCUCAGCGUGGAACUUUACCCCACUGCCUACAGGAGUACAGCUCUAGGAGUACAAGGCAUUUUCAACCGGACUGGCGCCAUCAUAGGCAGCCUGAUGUUCGGUAUACUGAUAGAUCUUCAUUGCGCCGUGCCUAUGAUCCUCAUUGCAUUCAUGCUGGCCGUCGGUGGUUUAACGGCCUUCACCUUGCCAAACACAACCAAGAUUGAGCUGAAAUGAAUCAAUGAGACGGGCUGGUAUUCUUGAAAGCAGACAAACUAAGGGGCCAGGGACCCAUAUCACAAAGCCUUUUUUCAAUGACAAAUGACAAAAAUCAGUGACAAAUCUGCUGAUAACCAAUCAGAAGCAAGGAUGUCAGUCGCUUUAUAACAAAAACUGUCAUUUGUCACUGAUGACAAGUUUUGUGAAAUGCCCCCCAGAAUUAACCUAUUGUGUGCCAAAGUAGCCAGUUGGCUCAUUCACUUGUUUGCCAAGUGUGCUGAUUGGCACAAAGAACUUAAUAUUAUCCCUGUGUACUGUUGAUGCCCCAUGCUAUGACCCAUUCAUGUUUUAUUUGACAGAUAUUGACUGGUAGAGUGUGUAAUAUAACAUUCUUUGGACUGCCUAAGGGAGUUAUAUUUUCCCAAGGGGUUAUAUUUUUACGGAUUGAGGGAAAAUAUUUCUUCCUUGCCGCUCUUCAAGUAUACCAUGCAUAUAGCCGUGUUCACAGCUGAAACCUUGAACCAACUAAUGAAUAAAUUGCAGCGGCAAAAGAAAAGCAAUUUUAGAUGUCAACGAAAGGCUUGACUUAGGCUGCUGUCUAGAAUUUAGGGCAAUGAAAGGCAUUAUGUCUUAAUUGGUGUAUAAAUGCCAUUUUAUUGCCUGUGGUACAUUUUGUUUGUAUUUAAGUCAACUCUCAAGUGCAAUUAUAAUUAUACUUUGUUAUGUUAUGAUAAGAAAUGUUACCAAUGUUUUGAGUACUUUGUUGUGAUGGUCACAUAUUUGCAUGAACUUGAAAUGGUAUUUUUGUAGCUCUAAAAUGUAUGGGGUUGAUUAUAAUUACGUAAGAUCAUGAUCAGGCAUUAAUAUUUGAAUGUAUUUGAAAGGACCUUUAUGUAGCUCCAAAACGAGUGGGUUUGAGUACAAAAGAUCACAAACUAACAUUAAUAUUGCAUGAAUUUGAAACGGCCUUUUUGCAGCUCUUAAACGAGUGGGGGGUUGAGUGUAUACAGAAGAUCAUGAACUGGUAUUAAUUUACACUAAUUUGAAAUUUUUCUUUAGUAACUUUAAUCUUGAUGGGAUUAAGUGAAUAAUAGAUCACAGGGUAAUACUAAGAGUCACAAGUUGAGUUUGAGACCAUGUACUAUGUAGCAUUAAUAUGAUGGG